UAUUAACAAACAGAAAUAUUAUUAUUCGUAUGCCUGACCAAUGUGAGCAAUUUAAGAAUUAUUCAUUCAAAAUGCUUUGGAUGGAAACGUUUUGUUUUUAUUGUUCUGUUCGAUUAGGUGUUAUUCUUUCUGCUGGGUUUUCCAUUUUUCAAGCUGUGGUUGUGAUUUUAAUACUGGCUUUAUUUGGAUCAUCACUUUUCGCAUCGACAAAACAAUUCAUUGAAAAGAACGAACAACAUAAUCAGGAUGUUUUUAUAUUAAGAGUGAUUGACGAAAUAUCGGGGCGUCCUCAUACGUACUCAAUUGUUUUUAAAGGAUUUUGUGCUUUUCAUGUUAUUUCAAGUGCAUUAGCAAUAUAUGCAGCAUUGAAGCUCCAAAAGGUGCUUCUCAUUCCUUACAUCUGCUCGCAAUUUGUACAAUUUUUAACCUCGCUUGGGACUCACAUUAUCGCAAUGAUAAUUUUAAAAAAAAUUGUUAAUCUUGGAAUUUUGAUUGGAAUGACGUUAGCUGGAGGAUUUUACCUUCUGUUUUUAGGUUAUAGUUGGGCUGGAGCAGUUGGACUCUUUCAAAUCAUUAUCCUCGUCAAUUCACAAAAAUAUAAAAUUUUAUACGGUGAAGAUCCAUUAGCACCAAGAGAAAAAAACAAUAUUUUAAGGAACGACAAUGUAUUCAAAGAAAAUGAUAAGAUAGUGAAAAAUAACAAUUAUAACAAUAUUUAUAACCAGCCUGAUGCUGGUUAUAAGAGAAAACGAUUGAUUGAAGACCAUGCCCCAUGGCAAUAUGGUGGCAGGAUCAUUUCAGUUAUACCCGUGGAUCAGCAAGAUAAUGACGAUGUAGAGUUGAUACAUUUCAAUAAUUGGCAUUGGAAUGAACUUGUAGGUAUGAAAAAAAGUUUUAAAUAGAUCUAAAUAAAAUUCGUUGUACUUACUUGUA